GCCAAGUGUUUCUCCAGCUGGACAAGAUGUCUAUGCUGGACAUGAGUGAGUUUGGGGAGGCUGCUCCGUACCUCCGGAAAAGCUACACGGAGCAGCUGAAGCUCCAGACAAUCCCCUUCGAUGGAAAGAAGCGAGCUUGGAUCCCAGAUGAGAAAGAAGCCUAUAUAGAAGUGGAAAUCAAAGAAAGCUCUGGUGGCAAAGUCACUGUGGAAACCAAAGAUAAGGAAACGCGGGUGGUGAAGGAGGACGAGGUGCAGCCCAUGAACCCCCCCAAGUUCGACAUGAUUGAGGACAUGGCCAUGCUGACACACCUCAACGAGGCCUCCGUGCUCCACAACCUGAAGCGCCGCUACUCCCACUGGAUGAUCUACGGCACCCUCGAGGAUCAAAUCAUCGAGGCUAACCCAGCUAUGGAAGCUUUUGGCAACGCCAAAACCAUAAGGAAUGACAACUCCUCGCGUUUUGGCAAGUUCAUCCGGAUCCACUUUGGUCCCUCCGGGAAGUUGGCCUCGGCAGACAUUGACAUCUAUCUUCUGGAAAAAUCCAGAGUGAUUUUCCAGCAGCCCAAAGAGCGAAGCUACCACAUCUACUACCAGAUCCUCUCUGGGAAGAAACCAGAGCUGCAAGAUAUGCUGCUGCUCUCCCUCAACCCCUAUGACUACCACUUCUGCUCCCAGGGUGUGACAACUGUGGACAACCUGGAUGACGGGGAGGAGCUCAUGGCGACAGACCAUGCCAUGGACAUCUUGGGCUUCAGCAAUGAUGAGAAAUAUGGCUCCUAUAAAAUAGUGGGGGCCAUCAUGCACUUUGGCAACAUGAAGUUCAAGCAGAAGCAGCGAGAAGAGCAGGCAGAGGCUGAUGGCACUGAAAGUGCUGACAAGGCUGCCUACCUGAUGGGAAUCAGCUCAGCUGACCUCAUCAAGGGGCUGCUCCAUCCUCGUGUCAAAGUGGGCAAUGAGUACGUGACCAAAGGUCAGAAUGUGGAGCAGGUGCUCUAUGCUGUGGGAGCUCUGGCCAAAGCCACCUACGACCGCAUGUUCAAGUGGCUGGUGACAAGGAUCAACAAGACCCUGGACACCAAGCUGGCCAGGCAGUUCUUCAUCGGAGUACUGGACAUUGCAGGCUUCGAGAUCUUUGAUUUCAACAGCUUUGAGCAGCUGUGCAUCAACUUCACCAAUGAGAAACUGCAACAGUUCUUCAACCACCACAUGUUUGUCCUGGAGCAGGAAGAAUACAAGAAGGAAGGCAUCGAAUGGGUCUUCAUUGACUUUGGCCUGGACCUGCAGGCCUGCAUCGACCUGAUUGAGAAGCCAAUGGGAAUCCUGUCCAUCCUCGAAGAGGAGUGCAUGUUCCCAAAAGCUUCUGACAUGACCUUCAAAUCUAAGCUCUACGACAACCACAUUGGGAAGUCUCCCAACUUCCAGAAGCCCCGUCCGGAUAAGAAGCGGAAAUACGAGGCCCACUUUGAGGUGGUGCACUAUGCGGGUGUGGUGCCCUACAACAUCAUUGGGUGGCUGGACAAGAACAAGGACCCCCUGAAUGAGACAGUGGUGUCCAUCUUCCAGAAAUCCCAAAACAAGCUCCUGGCUUGUCUCUAUGAGAACUACGUGGGCUCUGCUUCAGAGGAGCCUCACAAGCCGGGGACCAAGGAGAAACGUAAAAAGGCAGCUUCUUUCCAGACAGUGUCGCAGCUGCACAAGGAGAAUCUGAACAAGCUGAUGACCAACCUGCGCUCCACCCAGCCCCACUUCGUGCGCUGCAUCAUCCCCAACGAGACAAAGACCCCAGGAGCCAUGGAUUCCUUCCUGGUGCUGCACCAGCUGCGCUGUAACGGUGUCCUCGAGGGCAUCCGCAUCUGCCGGAAGGGAUUCCCCAACAGGAUCCUCUACGCAGACUUCAAGCAGCGUUACCGUAUCCUGAAUCCAACAGCCAUUCCAGAAGACAAGUUUGUGGACAGCAGGAAAGCCACGGAGAAGCUGCUGAGCUCCCUGGAACUGGACCAUGCACAGUACAAGUUUGGUCACACCAAGGUGUUUUUCAAGGCUGGUUUGCUGGGCUUGCUGGAGGAGAUGCGAGAUGAGCGUCUGGCCAAGAUCCUGACCAUGCUGCAGGCCAGGAUCCGCGGAUUCCUCAUGCGCCUGGAGUACCAGAAGAUCAUCAGCAGGAGGGAAGCCCUCUAUACCAUCCAGUGGAACAUCCGGGCCUUCAACGCUGUCAAGAACUGGUCCUGGAUGAAACUGUUCUUCAAGAUCAAGCCUUUACUCAAGUCUGCUCAGACUGAGAAGGAAAUGUCCAACCUGAAGGAGGAGUUCCAGAAGCUGAAGGAGGCUCUGGAGAAGUCUGAGGCUAAGAGGAAGGAGCUGGAAGAGAAGCAGGUCUCCAUGAUCCAGGAGAAGAAUGACCUGACUCUCCAGCUUCAGGCAGAGCAAGACAACCUGGCAGACGCCGAGGAACGCUGUGACCUGCUGAUCAAGUCCAAGAUCCAGCUGGAGGCCAAGGUGAAGGAGCUGAUGGAGCGUGUGGAGGACGAGGAGGAGAUGAACUCAGAGCUCACCGCCAAGAAACGCAAGCUGGAGGAUGAGUGUGCAGAGCUGAAGAAGGACAUCGAUGACCUGGAGAUCACUCUGGCCAAGGUGGAGAAGGAGAAACAUGCCACAGAGAACAAGGUUAAAAACCUGAUUGAGGAGAUGGCUUCUCUGGAUGAGAUCAUUGCCAAGCUGACAAAGGAGAAGAAAGCCCUGCAGGAGGCCCAUCAGCAGGCCCUGGAUGACCUGCAGGCUGAGGAAGACAAGGUCAACACGCUGACCAAAGCCAAGGUCAAACUGGAGCAGCAAGUGGAUGAUCUGGAAAGCUCUCUUGAACAAGAAAAGAAGAUCCGCAUGGACCUGGAAAGAGCUAAGAGGAAGCUUGAGGGAGACCUGAAGCUGACACAAGAUUCUAUAAUGGAUCUGGAGAAUGACAAACAGCAGCUGGAGGAGAGGCUCAAGAAGAAAGACUUUGAACUCAGUCAGCUGAAUUCAAGGAUUGAAGAUGGGCAGGUGACUGAGGCCCAGCUGCAGAAGAAGAUCAAGGAGGUCCAGGCCCGUGUGGAGGAGCUGGAGGAGGAGCUGGAGGCCGAGCGCGCGGCCAGAGCCAAGGUGGAGAAGCAGCGGGCGGAGGUGUCCCGGGAGCUGGAGGAGCUCAGCGAGAGGCUGGAGGAGGCCGGCGGGACCACGGCCACGCAGCUGGAGCUGAACAAGAAGCGGGAGGCGGAAUUCCUGAAGCUGAGGCGGGACCUGGAGGAGGCCACGCUGCAGCACGAGGCCACGGCGGCCGCGCUGCGCAAGAAGCACGCGGACAGCGUAGCCGAGCUGAGCGAGCAGAUCGACAACCUGCAGCGCGUCAAGCAGAAGCUGGAGAAGGAGAAGAGCGAGAUGAAGAUGGAGGUGGACGACCUGUCCUCCAACGUUGAGUACAUCACCAAGAACAAGGCCAACGCUGAGAAGCUGUGCCGCACCUACGAGGACCAGCUGAACGAGGCCAAGUCCAAAGUGGACGAGCUGCAGCGGCAGCUGACGGACGUAGCGCAGCGGGGCAGGCUGCAGACUGAGAACGGGGAGCUUAGUCGGCUGCUGGAGGAGAAGGAGUCCUUCAUCAACCAGCUGAGCCGUGGCAAGAUCUCAUUCACACAGAGCAUCGAGGAGCUCAAGAGGCAGCUGGAGGAAGAGACCAAGAGCAAGAAUGCCCUGGCCCAUGCCCUGCAAGCCUCCCGGCACGACUGUGACCUGCUGCGGGAGCAGUACGAGGAGGAGGUGGAGGCCAAGAGCGAGCUCCAGAGGAACCUGUCCAAGGCCAACGCCGAGGUGGCCCAGUGGAGAACCAAGUACGAGACUGAUGCCAUCCAGAGGACUGAGGAGCUGGAGGAAGCCAAGAAGAAGCUGGCCACCCGGCUGCAGGAGGCGGAGGAGGCCGUGGAGGCCGCCCACGCCAAGUGCUCCUCGCUGGAGAAGACCAAGCACCGGCUGCAGACGGAGAUCGAGGACCUCUCGGUGGACCUGGAACGCGCCAACUCCGCCUGCGCCGCCCUGGACAAGAAGCAGCGCAACUUCGACAGGAUCCUGGCCGAGUGGAAGCAGAAGUACGAGGAGACCCAGGUGGAGCUGGAGGCGUCGCAGAAGGAGUCGCGCAGCCUGAGCACGGAGCUCUUCAAGCUCAAGAACGCCUACGAGGAGUCCCUGGACCACCUGGAGACCCUCAAGAGGGAGAACAAGAACCUGCAGGAGGAAAUUGCUGAUCUGACUGACCAGAUUAGUCUGGGUGGCAAAACCAUCCAUGAGCUGGAGAAGGUGAAGAAAGCCCUGGAGAGUGAGAAGAGUGAUAUCCAGGCAGCUCUGGAAGAGGCUGAGGGAGCCCUGGAGCAUGAGGAGAGCAAGACUCUGCGCAUCCAGCUGGAGCUGAACCAGAUCAAGGCUGACAUGGACAGGAAGCUGGCAGAGAAGGACGAGGAGUUUGAGAACCUGAGGCGCAACCACCAGCGGGCCAUGGAGUCCAUGCAGGCCUCGCUGGACGCAGAGGCCCGGGCCAAGAACGAGGCCGUCCGGCUGAGGAAGAAGAUGGAGGGAGACCUGAACGAGAUGGAGAUCCAGCUGAACCACGCCAACCGCCAGGCUGCCGAGUUCCAGAAGCUGGGCCGCCAGCUCCAGGCCCAGAUCAAGGACCUGCAGAUCGAGCUGGAUGACACCCAGCGCCAGAACGACGACCUGAAGGAGCAGGUGGGGGCCCUGGAGCGCCGCAACAACCUGCUGCUGGCAGAGGUGGAGGAGCUGCGCGCCGUGCUGGAGCAGGCAGAGAGGAGCAGGAAGCUGGCAGAGCAGGAGCUGCUGGAGGCCAGCGAGAGGGUCACCCUGCUCCACUCCCAGAACACAGGCCUGAUCAACCAGAAGAAGAAGCUGGAGGCAGACGUCUCCCAGCUGAGCGGUGAGGUGGAGGACGCGGUGCAGGAGUGUCGCAACGCCGAGGAGAAGGCCAAGAAGGCCAUCACAGAUGCUGCCAUGAUGGCAGAGGAGCUGAAGAAGGAGCAGGACACAAGUGCACACCUGGAGCGGAUGAAGAAGAACAUGGAGCAGACCAUCAAGGACCUGCAGAUGCGCCUGGAUGAGGCAGAGCAGAUUGCUCUCAAGGGGGGCAAGAAGCAGAUCCAGAAGCUGGAGGCCAGGGUGCGGGAGCUGGAGGGAGAGCUGGACACGGAGCAGAAGAAGAUGGCUGAAGCCCAGAAGGGCAUCCGCAAGUACGAGAGGAGGAUCAAGGAGAUGAGCUACCAGGCUGAGGAAGAUCGGAAGAACCUGGCUCGGAUGCAGGACCUGAUUGACAAGCUGCAGAGCAAGGUCAAGAGCUACAAGCGCCAGUUCGAGGAGGCCGAGCAGCAGGCCAACUCCAACCUGGUGAAGUACCGCAAGGUGCAGCACGAGCUGGACGACGCCGAGGAACGCGCCGACAUCGCCGAGACGCAGGUGAACAAGCUGCGCGCCCGCACCAGGGACGUCGUCCUCUCCAAGCAUUAGGAGCCUGGGUGCCCACCCUGCCCUGUCCCAGCUGCUGCUGUAGGUUGGAGGCAAGUGGCUGCAACAGCCACUGCCAGCUUUGCACCGUGUGAAUAAAUGUAGCUCUGCCAGGA